AGGUGGGCGUGCCGGCCAGGAGGAGAGGCGGGACCUAUAAAGCGCUCUCCGUUUGGGAGGCGGAGCGGCCGGGUGCAGCCUGUGCUGGUGGGCGCGGUGGCCCGCAGCCUUCGGCUCGCUGCAGGAUUGUGCAGGGGACCACUGUCCGAGCUUCGGACUACUGAGGGGCGCCGCCUGCCUUGGUUUACCCUUCAGCGUCUGGUGAAAUCCGGCAGCGCCUAGGGAAAGAUCCGUUCUGCUCCGCGAGGGAAACAGAGCCGUUGACCAUGGUUGCAACGGGCAGUUUGAGCAGUAAGAACCCGGCCAGCAUUUCAGAGUUGCUGGACGGUGGCUAUCACCCUGGGAGUCUGCUAAGUGAUUUCGACUACUGGGAUUAUGUUGUCCCUGAGCCCAACCUCAACGAGGUGGUAUUUGAAGAGACAACAUGCCAGAAUUUGGUUAAAAUGUUGGAGAACUGUCUGUCCAGAUCAAAGCAAACCAAACUUGGUUGCUCUAAGGUCUUGGUCCCUGAGAAACUGACCCAGAGAAUUGCUCAAGAUGUCCUGCGGCUCUCGUCCACGGAGCCCUGCGGCCUUCGGGGUUGUGUUAUGCACGUGAACUUGGAGAUUGAAAACGUAUGUAAAAAGCUGGAUAGGAUUGUGUGUGAUGCUAGCGUGGUGCCAACCUUUGAGCUCACGCUUGUGUUUAAGCAGGAGAGCUGCCCGUGGACCAGCCUCAAGGACUUCUUCUUCAGCAGAGGUCGCUUCUCCUCGAGCUUUAGGCGAACUCUGAUUCUCAGCUCAGGAUUUCGACUUGUGAAGAAAAAACUGUACUCCCUGAUUGGAACGACAGUCAUUGAAGAGUGCUAAGGAGGAAAAACAAUUAAAGGCCCCUAAUGAGUGGAUAAUAAACCUCUGAAGCUAUCCAGCCA